CAGGCACACAGCAGGCUGCCCCACGUCCAGAACACGGUCUGCUUCUACUACGCAGAGGUGAGGCUCAGCGAGGUCUGCUCAACAACCCUACCCACCGGGCUGUCAAUCAGACGAAGGAGGACGGGCCCUGCGCAGCACCGCCGGAAGACGAGGGACCACGCUACGUAAGGGCGCGUGACGUCACCGUGCGCUGCCGCCGCCGCCGCCGGCUCCCAAUCUCCGGUUGCCCUUUGACGCCCUCCCGUGGCGGCUCUUAGUCUCCGUCGACCCGGCCAGAGCUGUGAGGAGGUCUCGGGAGCCAGGAAAUGGACUUGGUAGCCUUUGAGGAUGUGUCUGUGGACUUCAGCCAGGAGGAGUGGGCUCUACUGGAUCCUUUACAGAAGAAGCUAUAUAGAGAUGUGAUGUGGGAAACCUUCAGGAACCUGGUCUAUAUAGGGAGCAAAUGGGAGAACCAGAAUAUUAAAGAUCAGUACAAAAAACAGGGAAGAAAUCUAAGAAGUUAUUUGACACAGAGACUCUGUGAAAGUAAAGAAGGUGGUCACUAUGGAGAAAUCUUCAGCCAGAUUUCAGAUCCCACUAGGACUAAGAAAACCACUGGAGUAAAACCAUAUGAAUGUAGUGUUUGUGGAAAGGGCUUCAUGCUUCAUUCAUCCCUUACUAGGCACAUUAAAUCUCACCCUGGACAUGAACUUGAUGGGUUUCGAUAUGGAGAGAAGCCGUAUAAAUGCAAGGAAUGUGGGAACACCUUCAGUUAUCUCAAAUCCUUCCAAAGACAUGAAAGGAAUCACACUGGAGAGAACCCCUAUAAAUGUAAACAGUGUGGGAAAACCUUCAUAUAUCACCAGCCCUUUCAAACACAUGAACUCAUGCACAGUGGAGAGAAACCCUACCAAUGUAAGCAUUGUGGGAAAGCUCUCAGUUCUCCCAGUUCUCUUCGAAUUCAUGAAAGGAUUCACACUGGAGAGAAGCCCUAUGAGUGUAAGAAAUGUGGGAAAGCCUUCAGCUGUCCCAGUUCUAUUCAAAUCCAUGAAAGAACCCACACUGGAGAGAAACCCUAUACAUGUGAGGAAUGUGGGAAAGCCUUCAUUUCCCGAACAAGUGUUCAGACUCAUAUGAUAACACACAAUGGAGAUAGACCUUAUAAAUGUAAGGAAUGUGGGAAGGCAUUCAUUCGUCCCAGUUUUUUACGUGUACAUGAACGAAUUCACACUGGAGAGAAACCCUACGAAUGUAAACAAUGUGGUAAAGCCUUUAGGUGUUCUACUUCCAUUCAGAUUCACGAAAGAACUCACACUGGAGAGAAACCAUAUAAGUGUAAGGAAUGUGGGAAAGCCUUCAGUGCUCGCCCAGCCUUCCGAGUACAUAUGAGAGUGCACACUGGAGAGAAACCCUAUAAAUGCAAAGAAUGUGGGAAAGCCUUCAGUCGUCUCAGUUACUGUCGGGUACAUGAAAGGACUCACACUGGAGAAAAACCCUAUGAAUGUAAAAAGUGCAGGAAAACCUUCAACUAUCCUCUAGAUUUGCAAAUACAUGAAAGAAAUCACACUGGAGAAAAACCUUAUGAAUGUAAGGAAUGUGCAAAAGCCUUCAUUUCUCUUGAAAACUUUCGAAGACACAUGAUAACACACACUGGGGAUGGGCCCUAUAAAUGCAGGGAAUGUGGGAAGGCAUUCAUUUUCCUCAGUGCAUUGCGAACACAUGAAAGAACUCACACUGGAGAGAAACCUUACGAAUGUAAACAGUGUGGGAAAGCCUUCAGUUGUUCCAGUUAUGUUCAAAUACAUGAAAGGACUCACACUGGAGAGAAACCCUAUGAAUGUAAGGAAUGUGGAAAGGCCUUUAUUUAUCCCACAAGCUUUCAAGGACACAUGCGAAUGCAUACAGGAGAAAAACCUUAUAAGUGUAAACAAUGUGGGAAAGCCUUUAGUCUUCGCAGUUCCUUUCAAAGACAUGAGAGAACUCAUAGUGGUCAGAAACAUUUUGAAUGUAAGCAAUGUGGAAAACGCUUUACUUUGUCCACAUCCUUAAAUAAGCAUGUGAAGUUGCACAAUAGAUAGAAACCCAGUGAGAGCAUGGGGGAACAUUUUCACUUUCAACAUAUAGUUUUCAGGCAUGACUUCCCACUGUGGAAGAAUCUUAUAAGUAAUGUAGAGCUCUAGAUCCAAAGUAAUUCAUGUAUGUCUUAGUUGCUUUUACAUUACUAGAAUAAAAUACUCAACAUUCACAAAUUAUAAGGAGGACCAGUUUAUUUUAGCUCACGAUUUGUAGAGGUUUCAGUCAGAGUCAGUUGGCUCCAAGGCUCCAUAGGGAGGUCAGGGAAGAAACAGCCCAUAGCAGGCAGGCGGGUAGCAGUGUUGCCUGCUUUCUAUCCCUUUAUAUUCCACCCAGGCUGUGAGCCUAUUGAUUGCCACUCACACCCAGGGUGGAGCCUCCUUCCAGUAAAUCCAGCCAGCCACACCCAGAACUAUGCUAAUAAUCUCUUAAUCCAUAUUCAAAUACCCUAGAUCCAGCCA